CGGCAAAGUAGAUAAGCUUCCCGCCGCCUGCCUUCCCCGUUGCUCCCCGUUGCUUCCCGUCACUCCCAAGUCUCCACCUACUCGUCACAGCUAUGGGUGUCCUCGACCUCGUCAAAGGCCGCAAUGACGGCCGAAAUGCCCGCGGCAUCGCCAACCCGGAGAUCAAAGACGAGCCCGGCGUCUCGGUGGAGCCCGCAGGUAGCUCGGUUCCCCCCAGUCUCGAGGCUCGUGAAGAGAAAGAGAUUGAAUCUCAUCCCGACGUCGUCUCGAGCAAUGCCCAGGAGGGUCUGCAGAAGGUUGAGGCGGCCGCGCUCGUCUGGAGCAAGACAGCCGUCUACCUCAUCUACGCCUGGAUCUGGGUCGGCUUCUUCAUGCUCGCCUUCCAUUCGGCCAUUGGUAACAACAUUCUCAACUUUGCUUAUGGCAAGUUUGCGUCGGCGCCGCAGAUCAACACGGCCUACAUCCUGGCUACCAUCAUCGGCGGUGUCCUCAAGCUGCCCAUCGCAAAGAUGCUUAACAUUUGGGGUCGUGCCGAGGGUCUCUUUGUCUUCCUCAUCGUUUACCUCCUCGGAAUCAUUGUCAUCGCUUCGUGCAACGGCCCCAACGGCUACGCUGCUGGCUACACCCUCUACUGGAUUGGUUACGAUGCCAUCUACCUGAUCCUCGACGUCUUCAUGGCCGACACGUCGGGUUUGCGCAACAGAGCUUUCGCCUUCGGUUUCGCCAGCACACCCUUCAUCUGCACCGCCUUCACCGGAUCGCUGGCCGCCGAGUCCCUGCUUAGCCAUGCGUCUUGGCGCUGGGCUUAUGGUUGUUUUGCCAUUAUUCAACCCUUUGUCUUCAUGCCUCUCGUCAUCGUCUUCAAGUUCUACCAGAUCAAGGCCACGAAGAUGGGCAUUUUGAAAAAGGAGCCCAGUGGUCGCACUAUUAUGCAGUCCAUCAUUCACUACGUUCACGAGUUUGACAUCGUUGGUGCCUUCCUUCUCAUGGCCGCUUUCAUUCUGUUCCUGCUGCCGUUCAGCUUGGAGCAGUAUGGCCGCGCCCAGUACCAUGACGCCACCUUCAUCGCCAUGGUCGUCAUCGGUGUUUGUCUCUUCUUUGUCUUCGCGGCGUGGGAGAAGUACGGUACGCGCGUCCACUUCAUUCGGUGGGAACUGUUCAAGCAGCGUACGGUUCUGGGCGCAUGCGCCAUGUCGGCCAUUGCCUACUUCAGCUUCUACUCGUGGGACUCGCAGUUCUACAACUUCGUGACGGUUGUCUACAACCUCAACGUCUCGAUGGCUGGCUACAUGACGCAGAUUUACAACGUCGGCUCGUGCUUCUGGUCCGUCGUCUUUGGUGUGUGGGUGCGUUACACCAAACACUUCAAGUACACUUGCCUGUUCUUUGGACUGCCGCUGCUCAUGCUGGGUGCUGGUCUGAUGAUCCAUUUCCGCGGUUCCGACAGUGACAUUGGCUACAUCGUCAUGUGCCAGAUCUUCAUUGCUUUCGGCGGUGGCACUCUUGUUAUUGGUGAGGACAUGGCUGUCAUGGCUGCCGCCGACCACGACGGCGUCCCCAUGAUGCUUUCUUUGCUGGGUCUGUCUUCCAGCGUUGGCGGCGCCAUUGGUUCUGCUGUUUCCGCUGCAAUCUACGCAAACACGUUCCCCGACGCGCUGCGGCGCAAAUUGCCCGCGGCCAACCAGAACGAUUGGUCCGCCAUCUACCUCGGUGGCUACUCCGCCCAGUUGGAGUACCCCGUCGGCAGCGAUGUCCGUAACGCCAUCAACUACGCCUGGGGCUGGAGUCAACGCUGCGGCUCCAUUUCUGCAACGGCCAUCCUGGUCCUGGGUAUCCCAGCCAUUGCCAUCUGGAAGAACUACAACGUCGACCGCAAGCAGAACAAGGGUGUCGUCAUGUAGACGGCUCCGCUGCACUCACCUCCCCCUCAAAAAAACAUAUACCAUCUUUCUUACGUACAUAUGCACAUACACGCAAAAACCUCUACAUACCCACAUCUAACGACCAACGACGCAUACCGCGUAAACCUUAAUGGACGACCCACGAGUCACGAGAAGGGAAAGAAGGCGCCGAGGCGUGCCGCGCAGGAGAUACCACUAGAUGCGCUGCAGCGCGGACGCGGCACAUGGCACGGCAUGGCAUGGCGGCAUAUUUGUCGGAUUUGUUUUUUCUGGUUCAUCAACAUCUACAUAGCUAUCUUUCUUGAUCAUUCUGUUGAUCGUUGGCUUCGCUUGGACACCUGUAUUAGAUCCUCGGAAGCGUUAAUUCAUCUGUUUCUCCCUA